AACAGCCGGUGACAUAACACUCUCCAGCACGGGAUGGUCAGGGCGCACGGAGAGAGCGCGGGGGGUGUACGACCGCGGCGCACGGCUUGUGUACGGCCGGGCCGGUCCAGCUGCACUCGCUCCUCUCUGCUGCUGCUGCCUCGGGGGGAAUUAAAUUAUUUCAAAACAACCGCCGCACAAGAGGAGGUGUACUGCCGAACAAAGGAGGCUGACAGAGAGGGUAAAGAGGAUGACGGCCGAGUUUUGGGACCCGCUGUAAAGGACGGGAAGGAGGCGAGAUGGCAGUGCAUGUUUUCAAAUGCCUGCGCCGGCCCGGGCGCUAGAGCGACCAACAGAGAGGCGAGUGUACGAGUGUGUAGGGCCACCCGGUGUUUUGACAAGAGAGUUAUGGAAUAUGAAGAGCCCGACGUGCCCCCCGCUGACACCCCCAUCAAAAGAGGAGGAGCUGUGUCCAAGAAAACUCAUCUGACCCAGAUUGAAGUCAUCCCAUGCAAGAUCUGUGGUGAUAAGUCCUCUGGAGUGCAUUAUGGAGUCAUCACUUGCGAGGGCUGCAAGGGAUUUUUCCGACGCAGCCAGCUGCCCACCGUAUCCUACUCCUGCUCCAGGCAGAGUAACUGUCAAAUUGACAGGGCCAGUCGCAACCGCUGCCAACACUGCCGUCUGCAGAAGUGCUUGGCACAGGGCAUGAGCAGAGAUGCUGUGAAGUUUGGACGGAUGUCCAAACGCCAGCGGGAUUCUCUGAUCGCUGAAGUGGAAAGGCACCGACAGCAGCAGCAGCAACAGCAGCAGCUUCAGGGAGAUGCCCAGUCUGUGCUGUCCUACCCUGCCAAAGCCCGACAAGACCGCUCCCCCCAGCUCCUUCAGCCCAUGGCUUCAGCCUACUCCUUCACCAGUGAGGCUGACCUGCUGUCCUACACCACUGAUAUUCACUCUUACCUCGUGUGCUCCCCAAAUGAUACACAGGUGUCAGGGAUGAUUUACCGAGGUUCUGGUGUCUCUCCAACAUCAAGAUCCCAGGGGAGGGGGGACAACAGUGGACACCCUGACAUAAGAGGAUUUGACUCCAGACAACCAUCUCAUGAUCUGAUGGCAAUUCAUCCCUACAACUCUAUGGAGGACCCCUACAGCAUCUAUCCUCACUCUCUGCGAAACAUAGAUGAGCUAUGUGCCAGCAUUGUGCGUUCCCACAGAGAGACCAGCCAGUUCAGAGUGGAGGAGCUGCAGGCUCUCAGAUGGAAACUGUUCAGCAGAGAGGAGAUUCAAGCCUACCAGAGCAAAUCAGUGGAUGAGAUGUGGCAGCACUGUGCCAUUCGACUGACUGAUGCCGUGCAGUAUGUGGUGGAGUUUGCAAAACACAUUCCAGGUUUCCGUAUGCUCAGCCAGAAUGACCAGAUUGCGCUUCUCAAGACAGGCUCUAUGGAGGUUGUUCUGGUCAGGAUGAGUCGGUUCUUCAACACAGAGAACAACACUGUCUUCUUUGAUGGGAAAUUUGCUGGAGUUGAAGUCUUCAAGUCUUUGGCGUGUGGAGAUCUGAUCACAGCAGUGUUUGACUUUGCUCACGAUAUGUGUGCUCUAAAGCUAACUGAGCAGCAGAUUGCUCUCUUCAGUGCUCUGGUGCUGAUCAACGCAGACCGUCCAUGUCUGGAGGAUAGAGGCAGAGUUCAGCGGGUACAAAGAAGCAUGGAGUUAGGACUCACACACAUUCUACAUCGGGACAACCAAGACAGUCUAAUGCACAAGCUGUACCAGAGGAUGGCAGUGCUGCGUUCGCUGUGCAGUCUUCACAUGGAGAAACUGCGCUGGUUCAGUCAGCGUUACCCACUCACUGCUCACUCUUUGUUCCCUCCACUCUACAAGGAGCUGUUUGCAUCUGAGGCUGAGCUGCUGCCGGGGACCACUCACUGAAGCUUCACUAGAAUAUGCAAAUAUGCAAAGACACACACACACACACACACACACACACACUCUCUCUCUCUCUCUCUCUCUCUCUCUUUCUCUUUCUCCCUCUCUCUCUCUCUCUCUAGACACAUUGUUUUAUCACUUUCUGACAGAAUCUAUUUUUCUAAUAAUGAAAAUAAAUGAGAAAAGCACAGUAAUUGUAGUGUGUUAAGUAUUACAUGACGCUCAGCAGAGCUUUGUUAUGGUAGAUUAUGUCAAACAUAAAUUUCAGUAUUUUGAUAGCCUAAAACUAUUUUGAUUAUUUCAUUGAAACAUGCAUUUUGUUGUUCCUUGAUGCUGCAUUGUCUAUGGUUUGCAGGAUUCAUUUUCUCUCAGGAUGUUCUAUUGAGAUUCUGUCAUGUUACAGAUACUGCGUGUCACAGUGCUUUCAGACAGGGGGAUUUAAAAAGGUAGAUUUGCUUAUUACAAAUGCAGGAGGCUUGUGGCAGAAACUCAACAGUACACAUGGGAGAAGCUGAGAAAGUUUUAUCUUUGUGAAAUCCGAUACUAUAUGAAGGAACCUUGAGAUGCUGCAGCCACAUCAAAUCACGCAGAUUGACUGGCAUCAGGUCCGCAUCAUUUCUAUCAUUUUAGAUAUUUGAAGUUAAAUCAGUGGAAAAACAAGUAUUCCCUACAAAACAUGAAAAAUUGAAAGAGGUCAGAUUCACCCAUUUUCACUUCCUCAUUCAGAAAACAACUGUUGGGUUAUGUCUGAAUUUGUGAAAACAAGUGACAAUUUGCCUCGUUGUAUCUGUAUGUCUCUAGAUAAGUGUUUCUCCUCAGGUUGAAUCUGCUGUCACAGAUUGACUAAUAAGUCCUACAAAGCCGCUGUACCUCUAAAGUUUUUAUCCUUUGUGUUUGAACAAAUCCUUACAGACUUUUAUAUCUUUCAAGCUUUGAAAAGAUGUUGCAUUAAAUAUAGAAAGAAAAUACUCAAUUAAAAAUAUGGAGAUACAGUAGAUGUCUCUUCCUGUGUGAAAACUUUUCCUUUUUUCAGAUUAACUUGUAUAUGUUUUGUUUGCUCUACAUAUCUUUGAAUAAACCCACAAGUAAAGAAGCAAU